UGUUCAGAAAAUUAUAAUGGUUAUCACAGAUGGGGAACAAACUAAAGAAUCAGUGCGAAGAGGAUACGUUUACGUUGGGGAUGCAAUGAAACCUUUCUUUAAAAGAAAUAUGAACGUCUUUGCGAUUGGCGUUGGUUUGGAGAAUGAGUGGGCAAUUAACGAAGUAAAUGAUAUGGUUGAGAAUCCAGAAAAUGCCAUACUAUCUGCUAACUUUAGUGAUCUACUUCACAGAGUGGAAAAUAUUACCAAGAAGUUCUGUACUGAAUUGCCAAUAUGUGGAACACCGCAUGAUGACUGCAGCGAAUUUGCUACAUGUGCUGACACAGGUCCUGGAACCUACAGUUGUACCUGUAAUGAAGGGUAUACCGGAGAUGGAAAAACUUGCGAAGAAAUUAAAAUAUGUGGAACACCACAAGAUGACUGCAGUGAAUUUGCUACAUGUGCUGACACUGGAGCUGGAACCUACACGUGUACCUGUAAUGAAGGAUACACUGGUGAUGGAAAAACAUGCGAAGAAAUCAAAAUAUGUGGAACACCACAAGAAGAUUGCAGCGAAUUUGCUACAUGUGCUGACACAGGACCUGGAACGUACACGUGUACCUGUAAUGAAGGAUACACUGGUGAUGGAAAAACUUGCGAAGAAAUCAAAAUAUGCGGAACACCACAAGAAGACUGCAGUGAAUUUGCUACAUGUGCUGAUACAGGACCUGGAACCUACACGUGUACCUGUAAUGAAGGAUACACUGGGGAUGGAAAAACAUGCAAUGAAAUCAAAAUAAUUAUGUGGAACACCACAAGACGACUGCAGUGAAUUUGCUACAUGUGCUGACACAGGACCUGGAACCUACACGUGUAUUUGAAAAGUGUA